CAUCGCCACUUCGUAACAGUACUUACGCGAGCGAGGUCUUACUCGUUUUAUUGUCUCCUCACAUACAGUUGACUGAGAGUUGUAUCUUGUGUGAUUUAUUUAUUUGUCGGUAACAGCAAAAUGGCCAGCGGAAAGGUUCUAAUCUACGGAGGACGAGGCGCCCUCGGAGCUACCUGCGUACAAUACUUCAAGAACAACAACUUCUGGGUUGGGUGUAUCGACCUAGCCGCGAACGAAUCUGCCGAUGUGAACAUCAUUGUUGAUCGGGAUGCAGACUGGGUUUCCCAAGAACAGAGUGUGCUGUCGCAGGUUGAAUCAUCUCUGAAGGGAGACAAACUGGAUGCUGUAAUCUGCGUUGCCGGUGGCUGGGCCGGCGGUAAUGCUUCGAAAGAGCUGGCUAAGAACUCGGACCUAAUGUGGAAGCAAUCGGUUUGGUCAUCGGCUAUUGCGGCCACGGUCGGGGCAAAUCACCUAAAAACCGGAGGCUUCCUAGCUUUGACCGGUGCCAAUCCAGCCCUGGCGGGUACUCCCGGUAUGAUUGGCUACGGAAUGGCAAAAGCUGCAGUGCAUCAGCUUACUAAAAGCUUGGCUGGAAAAGAUUCUGGGCUGCCGGAUCAGUCGCUUGUUGUUUCGAUUCUUCCCGUCACGCUGGAUACUCCUAUGAACCGAAAAUGGAUGCCAAAGGCUGACUUCGGAACCUGGACCCCGUUGGAAUUUAUCGCUGAGCUUUUCCAUAAAUGGACCAAAAAUGAAGAACGUCCCGUCAGUGGCAGCCUCGUGAAAUUGAUUACCAAGGAUUCAAAAACAGAGCUGGUAAUAGCAGAAUAAACAAUCUCUUAAUAACAAUAAUCCCACUCUAAAACAUUCCAUGUACUCUAUUGAUGAUGCUCUCUGCAUAUUCAUUUUCUUAAAAAUGAACAACUGUUAAGCGAUAGGCGUAAGAAUCAUGUUUGGCUCAACGAAUAAUCACCUAGUCUUGCCACUAUCUGUUGCUUAUCAAAAUACAAAAAAAAUGCUUCAGUGAUAUUGAUAUAUAUGUAGAAUAAAAGAAAUAUUAGUUCACGUGAAACGUGUUCGAGCUGAUUGAA